UGCAUUCGGUGAGUUGCAGCUAGUUAUAGUUACAUGUGGACUUUCUAUUUUUAUUGCCCUAAAGAUUCCUUUCCAAGGCAUGUGGAACUUUUUUGAAGUCCCAACUCUCCCGGCAUAGUUUCUUAGAAGUACUCUAUCCCCUACAGUUAUGGUGGGGUUCCUCAGCAAUUUAUCGUAUUGUUCCUUAGACUUUAAUUGGGCUUUCUUAUUUUCAUCUGCUGCUAUUUCCCAAGCUUUUCUUAGCGAUGUGACUAGCUUUUGCUUAAAUUCUGAUAUGUCAUUGGUUACCAUAGAAUUUACUGAUGGGUCAAGGAUUUGAUCUAUGCAAA